AUGUCGUUCGUGAACAAGAUUACUAUGCUAUGGGCCCGCCCGGGUUCCGACAACGUUCAAAAAGAUGAUGUUCCUUGGACACUUCGCUAUGCUGGACGGGGGUUGGGAACUAUUGGCAGUUUCAUUGCAAUAAUCCUGGGGUUAUUAAACUGCACGGGCAUAAUUAUUAUGCAAGUGAGUUGCCUUAUUGCGGGUGUGUGGCAAAUGUUGGCUGGCUUCAUAGUUAUCGUGUGUGAAGCCCCAUGUUGCUGUUUCUUCAUUGACUAUGUGCAAGCCCUCUCUGAUAAGAUGGAGGGACGACCAUAUUGGAAUAAGGCAGCUUUAUAUAUUGGAUUGUCACUUCCGCCAUUCUUUUUGUGCUUCUUGAGCCUGAGUACUUGGUUUGGCAGCGGUCUGAUAUUCGCCACUGGAAUUAUUUACGGCAUGAUGGCACUGGGCAAAAAGGCGUCCAUGGAUGAGAUGAGAACGUCAGCGGCGACUUUAGAAGCGGGUGGAGUACAGCCCAGUUCGGCGCCGCGGGCCAACCUCGUCACUAACGAACAGCCGUUCAGUUUCUCAGGUCCCCCAUUAAAAUAA